CCAUGUGUGGCCAUUCCCCAAGCCUAUAUGCAUCUCUGCAAUCUGGGAGAAGCUGACCUCGCCGCCAUCUGCCUGCAAGCUGGGAAACUGAGCUCACCGCCGAUCUGUGCCGGGAGCCCGGGAGGCGGCGUCGGCUCGGCUGCUGCUGGCCGGCCGGUCACUGCAGCAAGAAAUCACCCGCGCGGGGACGAUCUCUUCUCGUGGUUGAUGGGAUAGCGCGCAGUAAAAAAGACCACCAAAGAAAUAGAGGAAGAAUGGCCAGCGGACUGGAGCAAGAGCAGAACUCCCAGCCCCAAAGCCUUGGGCACAUUGAUGAGAAAUGGCCAGAAGUUAUGUUCAUCAACGACUAUGCGGUGUUCAUAGGCUACCUGUCGAUGGCUGUGACGGGGACAGGUUUCCUGGUCCUUACGUGGUCCACAGUCGUCCUGCUCGGUGGAUUCGUCACCAUGCUAGCCAAGAAGGACUUUUGGUGUCUCACGGUGAUUACUCUCGUUCAGACAAGGGUAUUUGACGUUUUUCUGAACGGAAAUAUAAGCUACAUUGGCUACUCGUUCAAGCGCUUGUGGGAGGCUGCACUCUCCAUUGCUUUGCCACAUAAUCCCUUCCGAAAAUGGAGUGCAAGGGGUCUUAUCCGAGUGCUGGUGUUCACCACUGUGCUGUGCCCGCUGUUCGCGCUGUACAUGUUUGGGCUGUUUAUUUCCCCAGGGAUCUCGCUGUGGCGUCUACUGCAACAGGACUAUGGCGACAUGGCAGGAGACAGCAGCAAGGCAAACCUGAAGCCAGCGCUAGUGGUACUGUACUCGUUGGCUCUCGUCCAGGGCGUGCUCUUCUAUUACAGGGCCAUAUCUUCUUUGGAGGAGCAACGGCUGUUGAAGCUAGUGGCCCAAGCAUACCGGUUAGACAAGGACGACAAGGCACGCGGAUCGAUUUCAGACUAUCUGCGCGAGAUCAGGGUCGGAUGCGAGAAGGACCCAUCGUUUGCCAGAGGCAGGAACCUCGUCACAUACGCUGCGGGCCUGAUGCUCUCCAAUUCUCCAGACAACUAUCUUUCGGGGGCAAGGAUUAUCGACACGCUAAUAGUCUGGUUCAGCAGGGAGCCGGAUCAGUCUGUGGUAGAGAGUCAGCGUAUGCUGAUGAACAACAUGAUUGGGUCGGCGUCAUCUAGUGCCAUCAAGAAAUUCGUUCAGAUGCUAGAUUCGAAGGGCCAGUCUGACAGUGAAGAGAUUAGGUCGCGUGCCAUGAGGAUAGUGGCGCAUUUUGCCAGUGAGAUCCGUCUGAACAAGAUCCCGUACGGUAUCCAAUGCAUAUCAUCGUUCCUCGAGAGUCUUGAAGCAUCGAUAUCUCACCAUCGACACAAAGAAACAAUCAUAGAUAUCCUUAAGAAACUCACCGAUGACGAGGAAAACUUAAGGCUGAUGAGCAACGCGAAUGGUCUCGCCUUGAAGAUCAUCAAGAUGCUUGUAGAUUCUGAUGGCGGAGAACUCCAUGAUAGUAAGCAUGAUAGAUGGUGCUCAAACAUAGCAGUGCCCGGGAUGGAAGUGAUAAAGCGGUUCACCUCUGUCAUCAAAAGAUCCAACAAUGUUCAGCUACCACGUGAUAUCUUAGAGAGCCCUAAUGCCAUCAGCACCCUGGAGAGUAUGCUAAAAUGUCCAAAAUGCAAAGUGCAAGAGGAGCUGCAGAAAUCAGUCAUAAUGGUUCUAACGCAAAUAACAUCGAAGGAAACAUCUUUGGCUGCGGGCGAGGAAAUCAAGAAGAGACUCGAUGAAGUCAAGAAUAGACUCAUCUUGUCGCUGAUAGCCAUUUUCCUCGACGGCGGCAAUGGCAAGAGUUCCGUGAAAAAAUUGGCAGCUGGUGAAUCGCUGGCAAAGAUGUCCCGUAUAAAUGAGAAUAGUGCCACGAUCCUGGGAGCAGAGGAUGGUCGCAUUGUUAGUGGACUCACUCAAGUUGUUCUAGACAAGAACAGCGAGUACAGAAAGAGUGCGGCAGAUAUCCUGAACCAUCUGUGUAGUCAUUACACCACGAAUGAAGACAGUCGUUUCCAAAAGCUGAAGAAAGCAAUGAUCGAUGACGUGAUUCUGCCGGUGCUGAGGGAAGUGCUUGGCUGUAGGCCGACAGCAGAACCCAGGCCACCCCCCUGGUACCUGUACCUAGAAGACAACGUCGAAGAGCAGGAGGCGUUGUCAUCCCUUUGUGCAACCGUACACGACAUACUGAUCAGACAAGAUCCUAAUUUGGCCACUCAGUUCGACCAAAAAGCCGAGGAGAUCGGCCAGGAGAUGGAGACGAAGGAGGUGAUGACCUUCGCUGACCUCGUGAAAAAGGCCCAAGACGUUGUGGACAACAAAAGGCGGCGGCAGUCCUGGGUAGUGCAUCCGUACCCGCCGCCGCAGUAUGUUGUUUGUUCUGCUGAGGAAGAUCCCAAUUCGUGCUGUAUCUCGUGAGUACGCGAGUAUAGCUAGAUCUCGUGGCAAUUCAUUUCCUUCGUGUGUCACCAGAAAUUCAAGAAAUGCGAGAGGGAGAUGACAGUGACACACUUAUUUCCCUGUCUACCACCGCGUCAUCCAUGCAUGCGUCGUCAUAUCAUGUAUUCCAUGUCGUAUAUAUCACUAUGUGUCCAUCUGUGUACAAUGAGUAUGUAAACAGUCUUAAAUAAAAAAACGUAGUUCUUUAAUGUA